GGACUCCCGUCGGCCCGCCUCGCACCACUCGGAGCCGCCGUCGCCGUAGUCGCCCUCCGUCUCCUGCCGAUCCUCCAGCGACCAGUUGGCGUAGUCGGCCGAGUCGUACGCGGCGGAAGGAUCGUCUCCGAAGCCCGACGACAUCCUGCCGACAGCGCACGCGCGCGACACGGGCACGACGCCACUCGACUGCUGCCCUGCACGGCACCUAUAUGUGCCACGCGAAAACCGAUUCGAUGUCUCGCUUCAAAUUUAUAAAGGCUCGCGUUCAAAUGCACGAUUUGAAGUUAAAAAAAAAAAAAAGAAGAAGAAGACAUGACGCAAACCCCAGAAUGAAUGAAAGAAAAGAAAAGAAAAGAAAAACAAAACGACUUUGGAAAGGUCAUUGAGUUUUUCUACGAGCCAAGCAGCACAGUGGAAUUCCUUUCAUUUCAUCGAUCGCAAUCUGUCGAGUUCCGCAAAAUGCAAACGCAAACGCGCGUACGCGUGCAGCGGCGCCGCCUGACCUCGAGGUCGCCGAGUCGGGCCGGGACGUUUGUGUCAUCUUCUGUCUCGUCUUCCAGCCGAUCGGGACGCGGCUGCGUAUCGUGACCCGCCGUUCGCCGACCUCCGACCUCUGGACGUCGCGAAAGUCGAGCCCGCGUUCGACCUCGGAGACGAGCCGCCGCGGUCGCCGCACCCAGCUAGCGUUCUACCGCAAAAGACACACAGUGAAACUGGCUCGUGUGCACUUUGUGUGCGUGUUUUGGUCACGUGACCCAGGGCGUUGACGCGGGUUCACGGAAAGUUUGGCUUCUUUUUUUGUUCUUAUUUUAGUCAGCCGUCUUUCAGUAAGACGCCAACACGACGCUUCCUGCCGCCAUUAGCGGCACGCUAACAUCCUGCACUUGAAAAACGACAAGCGCGGUUUGUACGUGUGUAAACGCGAGUCUGUGUUUGCGUAUGCGUGCGUUUCUGAAUGUCGAACGUCUCUAAGUGUGUGUGUGUGUGUGUGUGUGUGUGUGUGUGUGAGAGAGAGAUCGUGAAUCUGGGUGUGUGCUUAAUGAGGGAGGAAGUCCCUAAAGAGGUCGUCGGGGUCUCCGAGGGCCAACAGGAAGUCGAGGUGCCGCCUUCGCCCGCAUUGACGCCACUUUGUCCUGUUCUCUUUCGCUUUGCCCUUUUUACCUUUGACAACGCCUCACAUGAGAAUUGAUGCCGCGAACAUUCGCGUCACCAAAGUCAGUUGAAGGAGGGCUUCGGUCGACACGCAAGCAUGCGCACGCGCGCACACGCCCGAACACCUCCGCACACAUGCCGACACGGGGGCGCGCACGUAGGCGACGAAGAGGGCGGGGCUUCUCCCGCCGCGGCGCCGCCCCGGAAGCUUCCGCGGGCGGUCCGAGACGAUCGGCGUCAAAGCGACCGAUUCCCUCUCUGCUGUGUCGAGAUGGCGUCGGCGCUGCUCCGCGCGGUUCUCGUCACGGGUUUGCUGAGUGUGCUGACGCGCCAGCAGACCGAGGAAAGCUUCCCGGACCGAGCCGCCGUCCAGAGGAUUCCGGAAGCGUCCGCCGAGUGGCGCCGAACCGGCCCACCGGGGAACCAAGGCGGGCGUCUGCCGGAAGACGAGCUGAACGAAGCGCGGCGGGAAAACGUCGUCACCGAAGAUGACGAGAACUUUCAGGAAGCGGAGGACCGGGAGCUGCGCCACGAGUUUUGUCGCGCGGACGUGUUGGCCGAGUUGAGCGUCGCCGUUUGCGCUUCGGCUUUUGAGCAGAAGAUGGCGACGAUGGAGGCGGACGCACGCUGCGUCGUCGACAACGUCAUCAGGCCGUACGACCGGCUGAGCGUGUGCCUGGAGAAACUGUCGCGCCGGUCCGGAUGCUUCUACCCCAACGCCGCCGUCCAGUCCGCCUUCCUGCGCGUCCACUCCGCCUUCUUCGGCCGCUGCGCCGACCCGGGCCGCGAGCGCCGCCCGGAGGACGCGCCCGGAGGGGCGGUGGCUGUCCUCACGCUGGCGCCCGUCGCCCUCAUCCCGCCGCUGGUCUACGCCGUCGCACGGAGGAGCGGACGCCGAUAAACGCAAAAAAGACGUGUCGUCAAUAAAAAGAAAUAAAGAAGGCGUCCGACCGAG